UUACUUGAUAGCGCUCGGUGGGAAUUUGAUGUUGAGAGUUUCGCUGUCUUCAUUACUCAAAUCCUGAAGAGACAAUCUACAAUCUAUACAAGCCGACAACUUUUCAUCGUUGCACACGACAUACUCUCCCUUUUCAUCAAUAUACAAAACACAGACCAACCAUUCAAAAUGCUCAGCACCGAAUUAAACUCACCACUCAACACUCAUGCCGCAGACGUAGAAGAACCUAACUGGUCUGAGGAAAGACCUCCCCCGUACAACUCAACUAGUUCUUACCUUACCGGACCAGACAAGUUCGAGAAUCUCCAUCUCGAUGACCCCAAAGACACCAACGAUGAUAUUUGCAACAAAACUGCACAAGCCUCUACUAGAUGGACCCAUACAUCAGAAGUGACCAUCUCACCACCCAGCCAAGCCUACUUUCCCGACAUGAAAAGCCAGACGGGUAUCACCCCGCCCCCCUUUUCAGAAUCUCAACGAACCCAGGAACAACCUCCUCCUAUUUCCAAGCCGCCCCAAAUCCCACAAACAAGAAUAGAAGAACCCACUUCCCAACCCAACAUCGAAGCACCACAAUCCUCAACCUGGUGGUCCACUCGCUGGUCCACAACCUGGGCCCAAGCAUUCGGAGAAACAACCACCACACCCAACCAAAUCCACAUUCCCUCUCAAAAAGCCCCCAACAAGACUCUCUCCAGAACCCCCAACCCCAACCCCAUUCACACAGGGCGAAACCCCCACCAAGGAUUCCAGCAGACCCAAACCCUCCUCGCAAACCACCUCAUGAAUCGACGUCGCACCUGCACGAACAGCAGGCCGCAGGAGCCCAGCCCCGAGCUCCGCAAAACAUACGAGCAAGCCGCACGCACCUUCAUCGACCUGAUCCAAACACUCAUUCUGCAAUCCGAAGGCCCGAACCAGCGCGUAGACGACUGGACGAUUCUGGGAAUGCUCGAUGCCCAGUAUGCGAUUGCGAUCGCGGGAGAGAAGAAGCCAUAUCUGUAUGGCGAGUGGGAGUAUCUAUGGGCUGUGCACGAAGAUGAGAUUGCGAUGCGCGGGGAUGACUCGGGGGCGGAGAAAUCUGCGCGAGAUGCUGGGGUGCGGAGAAUGGAGUAUCGUGUGCCGACGAGGGAGGAUUGGAAGUGGUGGUGUGGGGAGUGGAAGAAAGUGCCGGGGGCGAUGAGGGAGUGGAAAGCGAGAGAGGAGAUUUGGCCGUGGCAGCGGAGAUUUUGGGUUGGAGUUUGCUAGUUGGGGGGGAGGGAAGAGGUCGAGGUUGAGAGGAUGGGCUGUUGGAGGAGAGUGAUGUAAUUUUCGUCGUAUUUUAAUAAGCGAGGGGAACA